AUGGCACCUGAUCCGACCGAUAUGCAGCUCAACCUUUCCCGUGACUGGCGUGCGACGGACGUGGGACGUGCUGCUGCUUCUGUGCCAACGAAGACGGACUGGGAAGUGCCGUUCUCUUCCCCGUUCCCUCCUUUCAUCGCUUUAUUUGUUGUUUCAGUUUGCUUCACGAAUAUUCAUGGCGCGGAUCCUCUAUUCAAGGCGCGGAUCGACAAGGCGCGGAUCGACAAGGCGCGGAUCGACAAGGCGCGGAUCGCAAAGGCGCGGAUCGCCAAGGCGCGGAUCGCCAAGGCGCGGAUCGCCAAGGCGCGGAUCGCCAAGGCGCGGAUCGCCAAGGCGCGGACCGCCAAGGCGCGGAUCCUAAUGGCGGAUCUGGGUGGAGGAGUGACGGCUGCAGUGGACGGGGUGAAGGAGUGGCGGCUGAAAAGACGGGGCGACGGAGAUGGCUCCUUUGAGGCGGAGUCAACUGCUGCUGUGAAGGAGUCAAUUGCUGCUGUGAAGGAGUCAACUGCUGCUGUGAAGGAGUUAGCUGCUGCUGUGAAGGAGUUAGCUGCUGCUGUGAAGGAGUUAGCUGCUGCUGUGAAGGAGUUAGCUGCUGCUGUGAAGGAGUUAGCUGCUGCUGUGAAGGAGUUAGCUUCUGCUGUGAAGGAGUUAGUUGCUGCUGUGAAGGAGUUAGCUGCUGCUGUGAAGGAGUUAGCUGCUACUGUGAAGGAGUUAGCUGCUGCUGUGAAGGAGUUAGCUGCUGCUGUGAAGGAGUUAGCUGCUGCUAUGAAGGAGUUAGCUUCUGCUGUGAAGGAGUUAGCUGCUGCUGUGGAGGAGUUAGUUGCUGCUGUGAAGGAGUUAGCUUCUGCUGUGAAGGAGUUAGCUGCUGCUGUGAAGGAGUUAGCUGCUGCUGUGAAGGAGUUAGCUGCUGCUGUGAAGGAGUUAGCUGCUGCUGUGAAGGAGUUAGCUGCUGCUGUGAAGAAGUUAGCUGCUGCUGUGAAGGAGUUAGCUGCUGCUGUGAAGGAGUUAGCUGCUGCUGUGAAGGAUUGCUGCUGUGAAGAGUUAGCUGCUGCUGUGAAGGAGUUAGCUGCUGCUGUGAAGGAGUUAGCUGCUGCUGUGAAGGAGUUAGCUGCUGCUGUGAAGGAGUUAGCUUCUGCUGUGAAGGAGUUAGCUGCUGCUGUGAAGGAGUUAGCUGCUGCUGUGAAGGAGUUAGCUGCUGCUGUGGAGGAGUUAGCUGCUGCUGUGAAGGAGUUAGCUGCUGCUGUGAAGGAGUUAGCUUCUGCUGUGAAGGAGUUAGCUGCUGCUGUGAAGGAGUUAGCUGCUGCUGUGAAGGAGUUAGCUGCUGCUGUGAAGGAGUUAGCUGCUGCUGUGGAGGAGUUAGCUGCUGCUGUGAAGGAGUUAGCUGCUGCUGUGAAGGAGUUAGCUGCUGCUGUGAAGGAGUUAGCUGCUGCUGUGAAGGAGUUAGCUGCUGCUGUGAAGGAGUUAGCUGCUGCUGUGAAGGAGUUAGCUGCUGCUGUGAAGGAGUUAGCUGCUUAG